AUGAAGUUUUCGAACUUCUUUCUCGCAGCCCUUGCGGCUAGCACCCAUGCCCAAAAUGUUCUUCCCCGCGGAACCCGUCCAUCCAACAUCCUCGACUCCCGAGCCCUUCUGCAAGACAUAGUAACGUUCGACGAGCACUCGCUCUUCAUCCACGGCGAGCGCGUGACAAUCUUCUCCGCCGAAAUCCACCCCUUCCGUCUCCCCGUCGCAUCACUCUACCCAGAUCUCUUCCAAAAGGUCAAAGCCAUGGGUUUCAACAUGGUUUCAUUCUACGUCGACUGGGCACUUCUUGAAGGAAAACCCGGAGAUUUUAGAUCAGAGGGCGCGCUGGACUUGCAGCCGUUUAUCGAUGCGGCGCAUGAGGCGGGGAUUUAUCUCCUUGCUAGGCCGGGGCCGUAUAUCAAUGCUGAGGUCUCAGGUGGUGGAUUUCCGGGAUGGUUGCAGAGGGUGAAGGGGUUUUUGAGAACGAAUGCUACGGACUAUUUGGAGGCGACAGAUAACUAUGUAGCCCACGUCGCCAAGAUCAUCGCAGAAGCUCAAAUCACCAACGGUGGACCAGUUAUUCUAUACCAACCUGAGAAUGAGUACAGCGCUGCGCAGGGAACACCUUUCCCCAACCAUGAUUACUUGAAAUACGUCAAUGAUCAGGUUCGCAAGGCUGGAGUUGUUGUGCCUCUUAUCAACAAUGAUGCUUGGCAAGGAGGCACUGGAGCUCCUGGAACGGGACCUGGCGCUGUCGACAUUUAUGGACAUGACGGGUAUCCUGUUGGAUUUGACUGCGCAAACCCAUACACUUGGCCGAAGGAUGGUCUUCCGACGACGUGGCACGCGGAGCAUGAGAAGAUCAGCCCCAACACUCCAUACUCGAUCAUUGAGUUUCAAGGCGGAGGUUUCGAUCCACCAGGUGGCGGCGGCUUCGACAACUGCUAUGAGCUGACCAACCACGAGUUCGCUCGCAUUUUCUACAAGAACAACCUCGCCGCUGGAGUCACCAUCUUCAAUAUCUACAUGGCAAUCAAAGAAGACAGAACUAUCACCCGCGAGAAAUACUCCGAGAUAAAGCUCCAGGGCCAAUUCCUCCGCGUCUCGCCAAACUACGCCAUCGCAGAGGCAAGCAACUUCACAACCACAAAGUACACCGACAACAAGAACAUCGCCGUUACAGCACUUACAACCAAGAAAGACGAUACAUUCUAUGUCGUUCGCCACGCAGACUACCGAACCACAGACUCAGCAUCUUAUAAACUCAAAGUCAAGACAUCAGCUGGAACUUUCUCCAUCCCUCAGCUUGGCGGAUCUUUAUCGCUACAUAGACGUGAUUCAAAGAUCCAUGUUGUGGAUUACCCAGUUGGAAAGUUCAAGUUGUUGUAUAGUACUGCUGAAGUGUUUACGUGGAAGGUGUUUGGGGACAAGACUGUUCUUGUGCUUUAUGGUGGUGCUGAUGAAGUUCAUGAAGUUGCUGUCAAGGGGCAGGAGAAGAUCAAGGUUAUUGAGGGUGAUGGGGUAAAGAUUGAGAAGAAGAAUGGCGCUGGGGUGUUUCAGUUCCAGACUAGCACUAAGCGUCGUGUUGUGCAGGCUGGAUCGCUUUACAUCUACCUCUUGGAUCGCAAUGCUGCGUACAAGUACUGGGUACCUACUCUCCCAAGCAAAAAGAGCGGAGAGUAUGGAUCGUCCGUGAUGAACCCCGACGCCGUCAUCGUCAACGGCCCAUAUCUCGUUCGAUCUGUUGCCGUCGAUGGCCGCAAGCUUUCCGUCCAAGCUGACUUCAACAUCACUACACCAGUUGAGAUCAUUGGUGCACCAAAGGGCACCUCUCGUCUGUCUAUCAACGGCAAGGACACGUCAUUUACCAAGUCUAAGCUUGGAAACUGGCUCGUCAACCCAGAAAUCAAGCUUCCCUCCGUCAAAGUGCCGGAUCUCAAGUCAUUGGAUUGGCACUACAUCGAUGGUCUUCCCGAGAUUAAGAAGGGAUACGAUGAUGCCAAGUGGCGCACAGCUGAUGUCAAGAAGACCUUCAACUCAAAGUGGCCUCUCAACAACUCCGUUUCGCUGUACUCAGGCGACUACGGCUUCCAUGCCGGCGCCCUAAUCUUCCGCGGUCACUUCACAGCAUCUGGAUCAGAGUCCAAACUCAAACUCUGGACAUUCGGUGGUCGCGCUUACGGAAGCUCAGUCUGGCUGGACGACACGUUCCUCGGAUCCGUUACCGGCGGAGGUAACAAUAACAACGACACGUCAACCUACAAACUCCCCAAGACCUCAAAGGGCAAGAAGCAUGUGAUUACAGUCAUCGUAGACAACAUGGGCCUGAACGGAAACUGGGUCCCCGGCGUCGACGAGACGAAGCAACCCCGUGGAAUUCUCGACUGGCACAUUACUUCAGACUCUGGCAAGGAGACAAAGGUGUCAAAGUGGAAACUGACGGGUAACCUCGGCGGGGAGAAUUACAAGGACAAGUUCCGCGGUCCUCUUAACGAAGGCGGCUUUUUCUUCGAGCGCCAAGGCUAUCAUCUCCCAUCCCCUCCACUAACAUCCUUCAAACCCGGGUCCCCCUACAAAGGCCUUUCUAAACCUGGCGUGUCAUUCUUCACGGCCAAACUCCCCCUUAACCUCCCUUCUGCAACACACGACAUUCCUCUAUCAUUCGCCUUCAAGAACAACACUUCCAGCACAGGAGCGUACCGCGCUAUUCUCUACGUAAACGGCUUCCAGUACGGAAAAUACGUCGCCAACAUAGGACCCCAAACAACCUUCCCCGUUCCGGAAGGAAUUCUGAACUACAAGGGUGAUAACUGGAUCGGCAUCGCGCUCUGGGCGUUAGAGAAGAGCGCCAACGUCGAUGGGCUGACUUUAACAGCUGGCGUGCCUGUUCAAACCGGUCGAAAGGCUGUAAAGGUUGUCGAAGGGCCGAAGUAUUCUAAACGCCAAGAUGCUUAUUAG